AUGAAUGAAGAAAAUAUAGAUGGAACAAAUGGAUGCAGUAAAGUCCGAACUGGUACGCAGAAUGAAGCAGCAUUACUUGCUCUGAUGGAAAAGACUGGUUAUAACAUGGUUCAAGAAAAUGGGCAAAGGAAAUUUGGUGGUCCUCCUCCAGGUUGGGAAGGUCCACCUCCACCUAGAGGCUGUGAAGUUUUUGUAGGAAAAAUACCUCGUGAUAUGUAUGAAGAUGAGUUAGUCCCUGUAUUUGAAAGAGCUGGGAAGAUAUAUGAAUUUCGACUUAUGAUGGAAUUUAGUGGUGAAAAUCGAGGUUAUGCUUUUGUCAUGUACACUACAAAAGAAGAAGCCCAAUUAGCCAUCAGAAUUCUUAAUAAUUAUGAGAUUCGACCAGGGAAGUUUAUUGGUGUAUGUGUAAGCUUGGAUAAUUGCAGAUUAUUUAUUGGAGCUAUUCCCAAGGAAAAGAAGAAAGAAGAAAUUUUGGAUGAAAUGAAGAAAGUUACAGAAGGAGUUGUAGAUGUCAUUGUUUAUCCAAGUGCAACUGAUAAGACUAAAAAUCGUGGUUUUGCAUUUGUUGAAUAUGAAUCCCACAGAGCUGCUGCUAUGGCCCGGAGAAAACUAAUUCCAGGAACAUUCCAACUAUGGGGCCAUACCAUUCAAGUGGAUUGGGCUGACCCAGAGAAAGAGGUUGAUGAGGAAACCAUGCAGAGAGUUAAAGUUCUCUAUGUUAGAAAUUUAAUGAUCUCAACUGCAGAGGAAACAAUUAAAGCAGAAUUCAAUAAAUUCAAACCUGGUGCAGUUGAAAGAGUAAAGAAACUUAGAGAUUAUGCUUUUGUUCAUUUUUUCAACCGAGAAGAUGCAGUGGCUGCUAUGUCUGUUAUGAAUGGGAAGUGCAUUGAUGGAGCAAGUAUUGAGGUAACACUGGCAAAACCAGUAAAUAAAGAAAAUACUUGGAGACAGCAUCUUAAUGGUCAGAUUAGCCCCAAUUCUGAAAACUUGAUUGUUUUUGCUAACAAAGAAGAGAGCCAUCCAAAAACUCUAGGCAAGCCACCAGCUCUUCCAGCUCGUCUCAAUGGUCAGCAUAGCCCAGGCCCCUCUGAAAUCGAUAGAUGCACUUACCCAUUUUUUCCUGGAACAAAGCUUACUCCAAUUAGUAUGUAUUCUUUAAAAUCAAAUCAUUUCAAUUCUGCAGUAAUGCAUUUAGAUUAUUACUGCAAUAAAAAUAAUUGGGCACCACCAGAAUAUUAUUUAUAUUCAACAACAAGUCAAGAUGGCAAAGUCCUCUUGGUAUAUAAAAUCGUUAUUCCUGCUAUUGCAAAUGGAUCCCAGAGUUACUUCAUGCCAGACAAGCUCUGUACUACGUUAGAAGAUGCAAAGGAACUGGCAGCCCAGUUUACAUUACUUCAUUUGGACUACAAUUUCCGUCGCAGCUCAAUAAAUAGUCUUUCCCCUGUUAGUGCUACCCUCUCUUCUGGGACUCCCAGCGUGCUUCCUUAUACUUCAAGGCCUUAUUCUUAUCCAAGCUUUCCCUUAUCACCAACAAUAUCACUUGCUAAUGGCAGCCAUGUUGGACAGCGACUGUAUAUCUCCAAUCAGGCCUCAUUCUUCUGA